AUGCUGUCAGGAAAGUCACCUCUGGACCCAUUCCCACGGAUCGAGGUAUGUGAGUCAGAUGGUGGACGAAUAGCCACUCCGCAUGAUGAUCCUCUUGUGGUCGAUUUCAAAAUAUCCAAUAUGAGGGUGAAGCGCAUCCUAAUAGACACGGGGAGCUCGUCUGACAUAAUGAGCGUGGAAUGCCUCAACCGCCUAGCACAUGACCCCAAAACCAUGGAUAGCAUACACUAUCCCAUCAUUGGUUUUGGAGGAAGCAUUAUACAUCAUGUAGGCGUCAUCACUUUGCCGGUUCGGAUUAGGGAUAGAAAAAAUGGACGGAAGAUGGACGUGAACUUCCUAAUUGUUAAGGACUUGACAGUAUACAACGUCAUCUUGGGACGACCUACCCUGAACAAGAUUAAAGCAGUAGUCGUCACCCAUCUGAUGCUUUUGAAGUUUGUAUAUGAUGAUGGGGCAAUAGGGACCAUACAUGGAGACUAA